GUGUCAAUUUUGACAUCGAAGGAAAAGAUGCACGAAACUGGAUUCCUUCUUAAAGAUGUUCAAUUCUCCGUCGCGCCACAAGCUUUAACAGUCAUUACUGGCCCUGUAGGCAGUGGAAAAUCUUUUCUUCUUCGAGCUAUUGCAGGCGAAGAGUCAGUCACAGCUGGGGCAGUAACCUGGCCAUCUUCACUAGUUUACGUGCCUCAGACACCUUGGGUCUACUCUGGAACAAUAAGACAAAACAUUUUGUUUGGUCAGCCCUACGAUGAACCCAAGUACCUAACUGUAGUUGAAGCAUGCUGUCUUGUGGAAGACUUUCAUGCAUUUCCAAACGGUGACCAAACAGUUGUAGGUGAACGAGGUGCCGUUCUCAGCGGAGGUCAGCGCGCAAGAGUGAGCAUGGCAAGAGCAGUAUACAUGGAUGGAGACCUUUACUUAUUGGAUGACCCUUUGAGUGCCGUGGACAAGAAAGUUGGUCAACAUAUCUUUGCAAAAUGCAUAAAGGGUAUAUUGAGUUACAAAACGAGAUUGUUGGCGUCCCACCAAAAAGAACACUUCCAUGAAGCUAAUGAAGUUAUUGUUUUGUGCAAGGGGCGUAUGUUGGAAAACGGAAGUUUUGCUGAGCUUCAGAAAAAGGGGAUUGUAAGCACAACUCUUGCUUCAAGUUUUGAAAACUCUUUGAUUGGCAGCACGUCAGAAUCGAGAGAGUCUAUUACAGAGAAUGAAGAUCACUCAGAUGAAGAUAGAGUGGUGCCUAUAAAAAAUCAUGUAAAGGAACUGGAAAUAUCGGACGAAGACCGUGCUAUUGGAGGGGUGACUAUCAAGGUUUACUGGGAUUACUUCAGGAGUGGACUACACCCUUGUGCAAUCUUCGGAAUUACCUGUUUCUGUCUCUUCACUCAAGUCAUGAUAGUUUUACCUGAUGUAUGGCUGUCGUUUUUGACAAAGAAAACUCAAGAAGAACAGAAAGACGACGCAAACUUCAUCAUCUUUGGCUGUCUAGUGCUUAUAUCCUUCAUAUUUGCCGCUAUCAGAGCAGUUAUUCUCCUUUGGGCUUCUAUAAGAUGCUCUAAACGCCUUCAUGAUAAAAUGGUAGAAGCUAUUCUGAGAGCACCUGUUGUAUUCUUUGAUUCUAACCCUGUUGGAAGAGUUCUUAAUCGUUUUUCUAAAGACAUAGCCUGUGUAGACGAGCUUCUACCCAAAUCGUAUCUAUUUUCUAUCCAGAUGAUCUUGCAAAUGCUCGCCUCAAUUCUUAUACCCACGGUUGCCAAUCCCUGGCCUCUUUUUGUUUUUGUUCCGUUACUUGUUGCAGGUGUGUACAUCGUUAGGUAUUUCUUAGCAACUUCGAGACAGCUAAAAAGGUUAGAGUCAAUAAGUCGGAGCCCUGUGUAUUCGCAUUUCUCGGAGACCCUAAAUGGGUUGGAGACGAUUCGUACAAGUGGAAGACAGAGAGACUUUGUGGAACAGUUUAACAGAUUCCAGGAUGUUCAUACCCAAUCGUACAUCAUGUUGCAAGCAAGCGAAAGAUGGCUUGCUAUACGUUUUACAUUUCUCUGCACCCUCUUCAUAUGCGCAGUGGCUCUAGCGGCAAUAUUUGUUUCUCAAGAUGCCGCUUUUGCAGGGCUGGGGCUCGUUUACGUCUUUGAGAUCGUGGAAAUGAUGGAUUAUUCUGUCCGUAAAACAGCGGAAAUAGAGAAUUUAAUGACGUCAGUUGAACGAAUAAUGUCAUAUACCAAACUUGAGAGUGAGCCUGGGUACAAAGAUCAGAGACUUCCACCUCAAAACUGGCCCUUUCAGGGAAAUAUUACCUUUCAAGACGUGUCGAUGACGUACUAUCCAGGCGGACCUCAAGUGCUGAAAGAAGUAAAUCUUCACAUAGAAGGAGGAAGCUGUGUUGGUAUUGCAGGUCGCACGGGAGCAGGGAAGUCGUCAUUUGUGUCAGCUCUUCUGCGCAUGCCAGACGCCCAAGGUGUCAUAAUGAUCGAUGACGUUCCACUANAAUGGACAUCACCAAUUAUCGCCGCGGUAACAUGUUGUCAGGAUUUUGUAAAUUAUGAGAUUGUUGAUGAGUGUGUCAUUGUGGAUAGGAACUUUCUUCAUGACACACCCUGGAGUCUUCGAAAUAAAGGAGAGUUUAAGAAAGCCAUGUUAAUGAUCGUUUUUACCAGUGAGAGGGGUGGAUCUGCCAUGGUAUUUAUUGCAAAUCAGUCUUACGGGAUGGCGGAAAGUGUAGACAACGGAGUGAAUCUGUCUUUCUUUAAGGAAUUUCUGACAAAGUUCGCGAAGACUCAAAACAUAGGCAAUGACAAAAUGUUGCCUGUCUACGACUGGAUCGGCUCGCUGGCUAAAGAGCCAGAGAACUUUAAACUGUGUUCCUCGCCCGAAGUCGUGGCGAUACCGUGUGACCCCGUUAGUAACUGCACCCUUUACAUACAAGUUACGGACGAGUCAAAAUUAUCGUUGGAGGACUCUGACGUUACGUUCAAAGGGUAUGGCAGUGAGCAGAAGAAACCCGAAGGUUUGUACCAUGGUAUUCAAGUGCAAUUGGCAAGUACACCUCCAGAUUCCCUUGUGUUAGGUGACGAGUGCUUGGUUGCAGAUCACUAUGAAGGAGAAUUGUUAAUGAGAACUACACCAAGGCCAACCGCAGCCGGAAUUAUUGCAAUCUUGGAGUGCAUCCCGGAAAAUCCAAAAGAGGAUCAAAUCUUUCGCUGGUUGGAACGCUAUCUCAAAGGAUCAAGCAACGAAAUUCUUUCAAAAUUUCUCUGCUCCUGCUCUGCUACAGAUGUGUUAUUGCCUGAUCAUGGCAUUUCAAUGCGUACAAAGGUCAUACCACUUGUAGCUAUUCGCCCGAAAUCGUACACUUGUUUCCGCAGAUUAACUCUACCCAGAAGCUAUCAGUCAUAUUCACAGAUACGACACAACCUGGAAUUUUACCUUCGAGACUGUAGUAUCUGGGAUCUCAAUGACUAG